AUGUUCCCCGAUGAGCUCAAGGGACUGACGCCGGUCGAAGAGAAGCUCAUCUCGCUGAACUCAUGUUACGGGUUUGGCCACAUCACAGUGUUUCCGAACAAUGUGCAGGAGCUGGCCACCAAAGUGCUCCCGCCCCCUUUGCAAGCACUGGACGAGAUCCACAUCUCGUGGCAGGGCGCGGAGAAGCCGGCACCGAGCGACCUGUCGAGUCUCUUGUCGGUGAGGCGGCGGGUGGUCGAGAGGGCCCUUGUCUGGCUGAAGCGGAACAACCCCCACUACGCCGAGAUCGAGAUCGACGCGGCGGAGAUGGAGAGCUGGGGAGACUCGAUACACGGCGCGGACGGCGCACGUUGUGCCGCCCACGGAACGCGCCGUGGACGAGGAGGGCCGGUGGAGAUCGAGGAGCUCUUCGCCCUGCUCAACCAAGGACAAGAAGCCGGCGGCCAGGGUGAAGGUCACGGGCCCAACGGAGAAGGCGCGGUUCGCGAUGGAAGUGACGCCUGCCCCGACCAGAACGUUCCAGCGAUCAACGAGGUGACGUCUUCUGGCAUGUUCGCGCUCGACGGACCGCCAGACGUCGCGGACGUGGAGAAGCUGCAGUUUGCCUGUGACGCUGUUGGUGAAGGUGCCGACGACGGCCGUGCGGGCCCGAGAGCGUGGGUCGGGUCCCUAGCCGGGGGGGUUCGGGGGCGUGGCGACGGUGGUUGUGAGCCAUACAUCCGGGUUUCGCGGGGUGAGUUUACCGAUUCCUUUGAGGCGUCCUUCUUUGCCAGGACGUUCCCGACCCUGUUCCCAUUUGGCGUUGGGGACCAAGAAAGGCUAGCGGCGGCGAGGGUCGAGUUGGAGAGCUCGGGUAAGACGACCGAUGGUGACGUGAAGGAGCUUCUCAGGAGCCUCUCGCUUUACGGCCACCGGCAGCCCAUGUCGAGAGAGGUCCGUCUCAAUAUGCGGCGGAAAAUCCAGUCGCUCAUCGUCGGAUAUGGCGUGCCGGGCCACUGGUUCACCAUCAACCCGAACGACAUUACGAACCCGGUGAAGCUGCGACUGGCGGCAUACCGCACACGCGAUCCCGACGCGGCCGAGGAGUUCUUAGAAGGCCUUGGGGAUGCGUAUAAGCGGGCACGGCUGGCGAUAUCGGAUCCCAUGAGCUCGGCCGUGUUCUUCCACCGCGAGAUGAAGCUGUUCUUCGAUCAUUACGUGAAGCGUCUUCUCAGAGGAUCUGGACCAGGAAAGUUUUGCGCCGUGCAAGCGGAGCGAUCUGUGACGGGCGGUAUUGGUUCGCUGCUGGACAACGCCGCGCAGUUCUCGGCCGCGUUUAUCGAGGAGGCCAACUUCUGUGCCGGCGCGACGCAGGUGCACACGCAUAGCCCGACCUGUGUGAAGUAUUCCUUGGGCAAAGGAGGGCGGAAAGGGGACCUCUGCCGGUUCAAGGCGCCAUGGAGGUUAGUCGACAAGACCGCCCUCACGGCAGACGGGGUGCUGCAGAUCCGGAGGACACACAGCAUGGUCAAUCGAUGGAACGAGGCUAUUGCUGUCGGGCUCCGGCACAACCAUGAUAUUUCCUUCAUUGCGACGCAGCGCAAGACAAUGGCCCUCAUCUAUUAUGUCACGAACUACGCGACCAAGGUGGAGGACCCGGUGUGGAAGCGUGUGGCGGCCGCGGCCGAGCUCCUGGCCGCCUCAACAGGGAACAGGACGCGACAGUUCCUGAUGAGAGUGGCGAACCGCGUGUUCACGGAGCGUCCGCUAUCACAGGUCGAGGUCGUCGCUCACCUUCUCGGAUAUCCGGCCGAGUUCACCGACAGCAGCGCGUGGGCGUACCUGAACUGUUCUCUGCUGUACUGGGAAGUCUUUCGGCGAUGGCGGCAUCUCCGAGAAGCCAGUGGCGCUGCGGCUAUGGAUGACACCUUGGAUGAGUCGGUGCUCAGGCGGCCGGGCAAGCACGCUACCGUCUGCCUCGACGGCUACCUGAGCAAGGACUUCACCUACGAUGACGAGUCGUGCUACCGGAGGGCAGCCGUGCAGCAUCUUGCGCUGUUCGUGCCGUGGGAGUCCUUCCUGGGCGAAGGAACAGGUGAGAUCAACAGCAUCUGGGCGCGGGCUCGAGACGCUAUGGCCCCGAGAAUAUCAUGUCUGGUCGACAACGUGCAGCUGCUUCGACGAUCCGCCGAAGACGCAAAACGCGACGCCAAGCAAUGGGCAGCCUCGUCCGGCGAUGGCGACCCGACGGUCGCACACGUCGAGGAGGGUGGAGCAGGCGAGGCGGGCGCGGAGUCUGCAGCGACAUAUCAGCCCAACAGCAUCGGAGACGCAACGCGGCUCAUCGACGUCGUCCGAGGUGCAGUGGGAGCGAAUCAGGUGACGGCCAAGUCGCCGGAGCUCAUGGCAAUGAUACAGCAGCUCUGGCGGGUAUUUUCCGGGGCCGCACUACCGCCGCAGGAUCAGGUCAAGGCUAUCAAGUCGCAGCAGCGAUCGCCGCGCAGCGUUGCGAAGGGUGAUGACCGGUUUCGGGAGGACGAGGUCGAAAUGACGAUGGCCGACUCCGACGAGACCGCUAUCGACGCAGGGGCGGGAAUGGACGUUCAGUUUGGCCCAUCAACCUCCUUCCUCGCGGCGGGCAAGGUGUUGGCAACACGGCUGACGCUGAACAAGAGGCAGUCCAUCGCUUUUCUGAUAAUAUGCCGCCAGCUCGAUUUGAUUCAGCAGACCGACGGGGCGAUGCCUGCCAGCUGCGCCAGUUCGUCGGCGGAGCGGUUCAUCCACGGCCAGUCUCGAAUGGAUUGGCAGGAGAAGGAUGUGCUCGUCAUCGACGAGGUGAGCAUGCUCGGGGCGCGGACGCUGCACGCCGUGAACGAGCGGCUUCGCCGGCUUCGCGGAUCGCGGCAAGAUUUCGGGGGGAUCCCCAUCGUCCUCUUCUGCGGAGAUUUUCAGCAGUUCCGGCCGGUCCAAGAGAGGUCGAUCGUCCUGCCUAGCGCGGCCAUCUCGUGGGACGUAGACAACUCGUUCAAGGCCGAGCAGCGUCACCAGCACGACAAAGCGCACGCACUGUGGAAGAGGUUCACGACGGUCGUCAUGCUGGACGAGCAGAUGCGCGCCGCCGGCGACCCGGAGCUGCAGAGGCUGCUGAAGCGGAUCCGUCUAGGCGUGCAGGAUCGGACGGAUCUAAACCUCCUCAACUCAAGGAAUCGGUGGAACCUGAACAUGGAGGCGAGCCUGGCGUUCCGGGUCCAGCAGCGGUCGACGAUGCGCAUUUUCAUCUCCGAGCACAAGUGGAAGGAGGAGCUGCCGACGGAGGAAGAGGCGAUCAUGAUACUCAACCAGGGCGACGAUAGCGCGAUCCCGGUGCCGGCCGUCUUCAUGUUCGUGGCCGGGAUGCCCAUCGUCGUGAACCACAACACCCACCAGGGGCUGAAGCUAGUGAACGGCGCGAGCUACUCGGCGGUGGAGGUCAUUGUCGACAAGGCGUACCCGGGGCAUCGGAUCUCGGCCGAUAUGACGAUCCACUUCGGGCCGCCGGCGGGGAUCAUUCUCGAAUCGGAGACGACGAGAUAUCUCCACUUCUGCCAGCGAAAAAGGCCGUGGCAACGCAACGACGUCAGCCGAAAGGGUUUGCCGUGCGCAGCAGCGUUCGCGUGCACGGACUACAAGGUGCAGGGCAAAACGCUGGAGCGCGUGGCCCUCGAGCUGCGAGGACACGGACGACGAAGAUGGAUGGAACGGUGGUGCCCUCGCAACGGCAUCAUGCUCGUGUCCAAGGUGCGGGACAGAGACUUGGUGGGCAACCGGGUCCCCGAGGAGAUGACUGCCGCACAGGCCAGGCUCGAGGUACUGAGCGAGAGGACCGUUGAGGAGGCGUUGCGCUGGCUGGACGGUGAUGCUGAAGAGUCAAGGCGGCCGCGCUAG